GCGAGGUCAGUGAUACCGGAACUAAAGAUGGCGACUACCUACGAGGGGUUCAACCUUCAUGUCACCUCUGAAAAGUUCUACAUUGAGGCCUGUGGUGAUGCCAACGAUGUCUUGGUCAUCGAUAGGGUUUCCAUGGAAAUGACCCUCGCAGGUUUUAGGGACAUCCCUCUGUCGGGAGUAACCAAGUCUAUCUGUGGCAUCAUGGGGACAAUUCGUCUAGUGGCUGGGAUGUACCUCAUAGUCAUCAUUAAGAAGAGGAAAGUGGGUAACCUGUUUGGCCACACGGUGUGGAAGGCUGUAGAGUUUGACCUGCUCUCCUACAAGAAGACUGUAUUGCACCUCACAGAAAACCAAAUGCAGGACAACAAGACGUUCCUGUCCAUGAUCACCAGUGUCCUGAAUACAGAUGGCUUCUACUUCUGCACAGAUUAUGACCUGACCCACACCCAGCAGCGACUUGCUAACACCAGCCCUGACUUUCAGGAGAUGAGCCUGCUCGAGAGGGCAGAUCAGAGGUUUGUGUGGAACGGAAGCCUCUUGAGAGAUUUCCUUGCGCAACCCGAGCUCCACAAAUUUGUUUUCCCUGUCAUCCAUGGUUUUAUCAUGAUGAAGCCAUGUUCUAUCAAUGGGAAGAUAUUUGAAUGGAUCCUCAUUUCUAGAAGGAGCUGUUUCAGGGCUGGUGUGCGAUAUUAUGUCCGAGGAAUCGACUCCGAAGGACAUGCUGCUAACUUUGUGGAAACAGAACAAAUCGUCCAGUACAGUAAUGGCAGAGCCUCGUUUGUGCAGACCCGGGGGUCCAUGCCUUUCUUCUGGUCCCAGAGACCCAACCUGAAAUACAAGCCCAAGCCUCAGAUCAGCAGUACCACCAAUCACCUGGAUGGAUUCCAGAGACAUUUUGACUCCCAGGUCCUCAUUUAUGGGAAGCAAGUGAUUCUGAACUUGGUCAAUCAGAAAGGUUCUGAGUUGCCCCUUGAGCAAACUUUUGCCAAACUGGUGAACAGCAUGGAAAGUGGAAUGAUAAAGUACAUUGCCUUCGACUUCCAUAAGGAGUGCAGCAAGAUGAGGUGGCACCGUCUGCAGCUCUUGGUGGAUGCCGUGGCAGAGAUGCAGGAUGAAUUUGGGUACUUCAUGUUGAGCUCUGAUGGGAAGGUGGUGGUGCAGCAGACCGGAGUGUUCCGCAGUAACUGUAUGGACUGCCUGGAUCGCACCAAUGUCGUUCAGAGCCUCCUGGCCCGGCGCGCCCUGCAGAGCCAGCUCCAGAGAAUGGGUGUCCUACACGUCGGGCAGAAGAUCGAGGAGCAGGCUGAAUUUGAGAAAAUUUACAAGAAUGCCUGGGCCGACAACGCCAACGCAUGUGCAAAGCAGUAUGCCGGCACCGGAGCCCUAAAGACCGACUUCACCAGGACGGGGAGGAGGACACAGUGGGGCUUAGUUAUGGAUGGCUGGAAUUCUAUGAUACGCUAUUACAAGAACAACUUCUCUGAUGGCUUCAGACAAGAUUCCAUUGACCUCUUUCUUGGAAACUACUCUGUGGACGAAAUGGAAAUCUUGACACCUCUUCAACUGCAGAAAGAUUGGAAAUUCCUCACGUUGCCCAUCAUUAUGUUGGUGGCUUUCUCCAUGUGCAUUAUCUGCCUUCUCAUGGCUGGUGACACCUGGAGAGAGACAGUGGCGUACGUGCUGUUCUGGGCCGUGGCUGGUGUUGUCACGGCAACCGUCAUCCUCCUCAAUGGCAAGGAGUUUGUGAACGUGCCCAAGCUGGUCCAGAAAGAGAAGAUGGAUUAGGCGUGUGUGUGUGUGUGAAUGUGCUGAAAGCGGCUUGGUCCCACAGGACCACCACACCCCACUCCUCCUUCUUCCUCCUCCUGGCUGCAUCAGGUUUGGAGUCUGUAUUGAUCUGCUCGCCGCACAGUUCUUCUCCUACUGUAGACCAUGGCCAUCCAGCAGGAGCUCGCAGUCUGUAAUCCUGCGUCCGCCAUCCCGACCUCACCUCUACAUGCAGUCUCCUUGUGCAGUAAUCUUUUCAAGUGAGUGGCAUGGUGCCCAACCAUAAGAAAAAUAGCUCACACUUAAUACUUCGCAUUAUAUGCUUUAGCAGAGCUGUUGAUUUUGCACUACAUUAGAACAAGCUGUUUGCCCAGAACUUCAUUGUUAGACCUUUUUGUGAUUUAUGGAGCAAUAUUGUUGUUACCAAAGUUAUUUUGGUUGGCAUUCAGCUGCCUAUAUGUGUAAAUACUGCCCUACUCCAUUUAACAGAGGCACUGUGUAAUGAGGGUUUUCUGUACACAUAAAUGCAACGGAACAUCAUUUAUAUUAGGAGGGAUAUGGGCUCUCUUGCGUUAGACACCUGUCUUAUAUUCAUACGAUAUGUCAUCAUUAUAUCGUAGGCUACAUGGAUCUCUUAACCUCUCCUACCUGCUGCUCUGCUCUUUUCUGUACUCUUGAGUCCUCAAGUUACUAAUGUCUUAUUCACCACAAUUUUUAUAGGUUGCUGAAUGGGUUAAGAUGGCUAUGGAUGGGCAGAGAUUUUGCGCACACUCUCAGUAAUGGUUUACACAAAUGUCUUCUAUCAGCACUUUACUAACUAUUCCAUCUGUGGACCACAAGACUAAAAUAGAUUUCCUUGUGGGCACAUUCCCUAUCAGUUUGUUUUUGUGUGUGUGGUUGCAGUGUUAUUCUUCCAUUGCCUGUCGAGUACUGAGAGUGGAGUUGCACUUCACAUGAUGUUAACAGGUGCUGCUGAAGUCUGCGUUUUAUGUUUUCCUGUACUUCAAUAGUGGGUAAAUAUUUCUGCUUGGUCAGCUUGUCCUAAAAUGACAAUUUUGUUUAUUUCUUUAUUUUCUUGAAGGCACUGAAAGAUAAACGUCUUUCCAUUAAGCUCCAUUUGAGCAUAAUUCUGAUAUAUUGUAUAUGAUUACGCAAUUAAAGAAUCUCAUAUUUUACUCCCUGGUUUGAUUUAGGUUGGUGAGAGAAUGUCAUGUAUAUCCUUCCCACUGUGAUCAUGAAAAAAUGCAACAGUUAAGCUCAUACACACAAAAACACUGAACACUCAAAUUUAGUAUUAGACUAAAUUUAAGUAGUGUGAUGGGCUUUUAAUAAUGCACACAAUUCUCUGCUAGAUAAUCUGUUGAUCAGGUGGUUAGAUCUGCACACCUUUACACACUGUUAGCACAGCAGCUGUAUAAACCAUGGUGAUUUACUUAACCUCUCCAGGGUAAUGUUAAUAUUACAACGCAAUUCUGUGUAGUAUUGUGUACCUUACAGUGAGAGAAUCGGGGCUUAUUCAUGUUGUUUGGUCAUGUGUGGGGAUCGUGUGAUAUAAAAGUAGUUUUCUCAUGGAGUACUCAA